ACGGGCUCAGGCAGAACGGGCACGACAGUGUAGAGAGAAAAGUUUUCGCUGCCAAACAACACGAAAUUUUCACGCACACACACAGCAGCCCAGUGCAGGCACGUUGAGAAAAUUCGGGAAAAACCGUCUGCAGAUCGUUGUCGGGAAAUCGUUUGAUGGAAAAUGUUUUCUGCUUGAGUUAGGGACUCCGAAUCGAAGUGGUUGUACGUGAACAGUGUGCAGGAUAUGUGUGUGGAUGGCCAGGACAGGUGGCCUGAGCCAAGCUAACGGGCUAACGGGGUAUGAGUGGUACAUGUGCGGUGCCUGUGUGAGCGUGUGCGUGAGCGUGAGCGGUGCCCGUGUGUGAGUGCUGAAAAGUAGGCUACAAAAUAAGUUCUGGCUCGUAUUUAUGUCGCGCUUCCGACCGAUUUUCAAGCACCACCGCCAGCAGGAGCAGGAGCCGAAGCAGCAUCAGCAGCAGUCAGUACAAGUGGAGCAGCGGGAAGAGCAAUGGCCUGGUCCUGGACAUGGCCCUGCUGGCGCCUCUGCCUGAGCCUCAUUUCCAUGCUCAUCUGGCAUGCCCCCUGCGCCAAUCUCCAGCCUGCCGAGAACAUCAACUACAAUCUCGUUCACUCCUGGGCCGACAAACUGGGCAUGGAACUGUUUCAUCUGGGCGAUUUUAUUACCAGGCGCAAGGAGGUGCAGGAGAGUUUCAAGGAGGCCAAAGUGGUUCAGCGCACUGGAGCCUCGAUAGUCGAUUCGAUGGCCAAGGAAAUAGAAAUGAUGAUGGAUCUGAAGGUCAGCGCUGUGCGGCGCAUUAUGGACACGGCUGAGAACACGGCUCUGUCCCAUCAGAACGAUAUGGCGGAUAAGAUGUUCUCCUAUUACAAUGCCAAGGAGAUGCUAGAGCCGGGCGAUCCCGUGCCACCGAUUCCAACGCCAGCGCCCGACAUGGAUAAGGACAUUGGGGAGCCAUUGAUCUAUGUGCAGCCCAAGGUGGUGGUGCUGGAGCCGCGGCCAGAGUUCCACAACACGCCGGUCAACUUCAAUGUUAGCUCGGUGCACGUGCCCGUGAAUGUGUUCGAUCGAGCACCGGAUGUGAUAAAGGCGAUACAAUGGUCGGAGAAUUUGGAUCAGAUAUUCCGCGAUAAUUACAAAAAUGAUCCCACAUUGUCGUGGCAGUUUUUUGGCAGCUCGACCGGCUUUAUGCGUCAAUUCCCUGCAUCCAAGUGGAGGAAGGACGUGCCGGUCGAUCUAUACGAUUGCCGGCUACGCUCCUGGUAUAUGGAGGCGGCGACAAGUCCAAAAGAUAUUGUCAUCCUGAUGGAUGGAUCCGGUUCAAUGUUGGGACAGAGGCUAGAUAUCGCAAAGCAUGUUGUCAAUACGAUACUCGAUACAUUAGGUACAAAUGACUUUGUGAACAUCUUCACCUUUGAUAAGGAAGUGAACCCAGUUGUCGGAUGUUUCGAGGAUACACUGAUUCAAGCAACUUUGGGCAACAUUCGUGAACUGAAAGAAGGGAUUGAAAACUUUGGACCCAAAUCGAUCGCCAAUUAUACCGCCGCAUUGACAAGAGCAUUCGAGAUAUUGGAAGAGGCGAAGUCGUCGUCGCGCGGUGCACAAUGCAAUCAGGCGAUCAUGAUCAUUGGGGAUGGGGCGCCGGAGAACAAUCGCGAGGUCUUCGAGUUGCACAACUGGCGGGAUCCGCCGUACAAGCCGGUGCGGAUCUUUACCUAUCUGAUUGGCAAAGAGGUGGCUAAUUGGGAUGAUAUACGGUGGAUGGCAUGCGAGAAUCAGGGCUAUUAUGUGCAUCUCAGCGACACCGCUGAGGUGCGCGAGAUGGUCCUUAACUAUAUACCAGUUAUGGCCAGGCCCCUUGUUUUGGGUAGGCACGAUCAUCCGGUCAUUUGGUCCCAGGUCUAUGCGGACAUUGAGGAUACGAAACUCUCCGACCAUCUGUGGGAGAUCAAGCAGUGCGAGGAGCAGAAGGCGGACGUACUCGAAUAUUGGCAGGUGCACGACCGAAUGCUGGAGCCCAGCGAGAUGCACAGACGCGAGUAUCGGCGCAUAAAGGAAACGUGGAACCAGCCCGUGGACUCGAAUGUCUAUCAAUUCAUGACCACCGUGUCGAUGCCCAUUUACGAUCGACGCGAGAAUGCGAAUAUCACCGAAGAAGUUUUAAUAAAUGAAGCACUCUGGGAAUUGCAAACACGUGAGACAAAGAUUGCAAACAUUCUGGGCGUGGCUGGCACCGAUGUGCCCAUCAAUGAAAUCAAAAAACUGCUGUCGCCAUUUAUGCUUGGCGUGAAUGGCUAUGCGUUUAUAGUAACCAACAAUGGUUACGUACUAUUCCAUCCAGACUUUCGUCCAAUUUUCCAAGGUUAUAUAUUGAAACCCGCAUACAAUAGCGUGGACAUGAUUGAGGUUGAGCUAUUGGAUGACGAUCGACCCGCCAGAGACUUCAAUCCAGUGCUGAUGACGAUACGCGAUUCUAUAAUCAAUCAAUCGACCAACAGCAAAUGGAUGCUGGUCAAGAAUCAUUUCGAUGAAAUGAAACGGGUGAAUCGCAUCAAGCGCCAGUAUUACUGGACAGCCAUCAAGAACACACCAUUCACGCUGGUCAUCUCCUAUCCGGAGCAGUACGGCGUCAGCCGCAUAGAUAUACGGUCCGAACAGGACAUCCAUCGCGUCAAUAUUAAGGGCACAAAUAUACGCAGCUUCUUCGAUGGCAAGCGAUGGAAAAUUCAUCCAGAUUGGCUGUUUUGUAAGCAAAGCAACACAACAUUCAGAACGCCAGAGAUAGAACUUUUGUACUUUCUCGAGCGUAUGAGUGAGCCUGGCUGGCGAUGGCCAGCGAGUCGAAGCGCUAUGCCCCCGGAGCAUACAGCUGCCAUGUUCUCUAACAACUCAUCAACUGGCCGCUAUCCAUCAAUCAAUGAAAAAGAAGGCUACUAUUGCGAUAGGCAGCUGAUGCAAGCCCUUGUGUUCGAUGCCCGCGUCACCGAGUGGUUCUCCAAGAACACCAGCUUCAACUCCAAGGACGACAAGGGCACAAGCGCAUCAAGCCCAAUAGCCGUUCUAAUGGGUUUGCUGCCAAGAAACGAGUUCAAGCAGCGCUUUGGCGUCACCGUCGCCUUCCUGGCCACCCACAGCGGCCUCACACGCUGGCACGAGUUCAACAUGGCCGAGGAGCCAGGAGUCGGUGAGACCUUCAGCCAGAACAAUAAACGCGCCAUCGAUGAGAUCUGGUACAAGCGCGCCGUGGACCAACAUUUUGUACGGGAGGAAAGCUUUGUCUACUCGGUGCCCUUUGAUGCUGGUGAAAGCAACUCUGAGAUCCUUGUUACUGCCAGUCAUGCCAUCUUCCAUAAUGAGGGCGGCAGAUCCGCGCCGGCGGCCGUUGUGGGCUUCCAGUUUCAGCAUUCGGCGCUCUACAAGCUCUUCCACAAUAUCACCGGCAAUGCCUGUGCCGUGGAUGACAAAGACUGCUAUAUACUGGACAACAAUGGCUAUGUGAUCAUCUCGACGCGUGUACACGAAACGGGCCGGUUCUUCGGGGAGGUCAAUGGGGCGAUUAUGAAGCGUCUGCUGGAGGAGAACGUGUACAAGCGCGUCGUCGUCUAUGACUACCAGGCGGUUUGCUUUGAGUCCAGGGGCGACAACAAUGCCUCCAGCAUGCUGCUAUCGCCUCUCUAUCAUGUUCUUCGAAUGAGCAAAUGGCUGCUGCAUACGGCGCUGUGGUAUAUUGUGCAACUAAUGCAACUGGCGACCGGGGUGUCCGCCCACUAUGCCGAGAUGUACAGCGACAUAAACGGCACUGAGCCGGAGCCGGAGCACCAUCACAAUGGCCACGGCAAGAAGUCGGAUAGCGAGGAGCACUGGCUCCGCUAUCUGACGCUGCACCGGACACGCCUCAAGUCCUGCGACAUGCAGCGAGAGCUCUACACGCUCUACAACGAGAAGGACAACGUUGUCUACAAUAUGACAGCGCACGCAUGCGAGCGGCCAUUUGUCGUCCUGCCCAUACCGUUCAGCAACCUCAUUCUGCUGGUCGUCGACCAGCUGUGUCCGCGGGACGCUGCCCUCGUCCUCACGGUCAAUCCGCAGACCAUCGACUACCAUCUGUCGGUGAACGAUUCGCUGGCCUGCUACAAGCACGCCCGCGAGUUCAAUCGCAUGCGGCCCCAGAGCUGCAUCAGUCGGCAUGCGAAUGAGAGCAACAUCAAGCUGUGCGGCAAGGCGUGCUCCCUCUAUGCGAGCCUCAGCCUCUUACUGCUCUGCCACAUCCUGAGUCGCUGGCUGUAACGGCAAACGACCAGAUAAGCUUAAAUCUAGGCAUUACGUUUUUUGUAUUAUAUUGUACGAGUAUAGGACCCCCCCCCCCACGACCCCAAAGCAAUCCCUGAACAAUGGACAUUUUUGUACUCUCAACGCUUGAGCGCAGUUCGAUAAUUAACAAAUAUUUUUGGUCACCUAGAGAAACUUUUCCAAAUUAGUUCAUAAGUAGCUAAAUACGAGUAAAGUAUCUGUUUUUCGAUGGCUGACAGGACGAGAAGGAUUACCAGGAUUACCAGGAUUACCAGGAAUACCGGGACAGUGCGUGCCGACUGAGCUGACGUCAGGCUUAAGCUUACACAUAUUGUGGACCUUCCAAUAGACAAAACUUAAUUAGACAAAAAUAUUACAUAUAGUAAUAAUGUAUGCGAGAGACUACACACAAAUCCAACAACGGCCUUAAACGACUUGCAAAACAAAUAUUCGCUGAAUGCCAUCGAGCGCGGUUCAUGUAAUACGCAAUAGAACUUAUGGCACGCACUGUACCAAUGCCGACUACUGCCCAAUGGUUAUGUGAGUGAAUGAGAGUGCUUUGAAUGAGUUUCGUUUGAAUGCCAGUGAAUGUUUGUUAUUAAUCUUAAUUUAAGACGGCCACCAAAAUGUAUGUUUAAUGAGCGGAUCAAGAACACUAUCGAUAAAGCGAAUAAUGGAACCAUUAAUUAUAUAUAAAUGAGAAAUGUAUUAUGUAUGUACACACCCAAGACACUUAUGCGAUAUACUGUACUCUACCUAUAUACUACAUACAUAAAUACAUACAUACAUACAUACAUACUACAUCUAAGUAGCUUUUGUAUAUUUGCUUAGCUUAGCCCGCAUUUGGGGGAGGAGAAACAGACCGAAAUUUCUGCCUUGUAACCAAAACUUCUAAACCAAAAGAAGACCUACGUAAAUGCAAUGUUUUUAUAUAUAAACCUACACAAUUAAAGCGAAUUACGAUGAUGAUGAUGAUGAUGAUACCUAGCAUAACCCACAAGUACCUACAUAUACGGAUAUAUGGAGACGGAAGAAAGAUUCAACCUUUUUAUUACUAACUACUUGAUACUUGAGCCACAGAACUGAGCCGCCGACAGCGCUGAUUGGUGUUAGCAAACAGCAUCUAUGCUUGGACUCGUACUAAUAUUAAAUUUGAACAUUGACUAGUUGAAAUUUACGAAAAAACAAAACGAAAACUUGUGCUCUUAAGAAGCGUCUAGGCCAUAAUCCUCAACAGAGCGGAUCUCACCUCAGAUCGGAUUGGAACCUACUAAGCUUUAGCCACCCACUUGUUCCCCCCUUUGGUAGUGUAAUCGACUUGUGCCAUUUGAACUGCCUAGAAUUUGUUAUUAACUAUUUACUAAUCGAAUGAUGUCAUUUCCAUUAUCUUAGCAAAUAUCCCCAAGAAUUGUUUUCUCCUCUCACAGGUUGUUUGUUACACACCCAAAUCAUUUGUAAAUUCCAAUAGAAAAUCUUUACACAUUUCCCAAUCUCGAAUACUAAGAUGGAACCCAUUGCCCAUUCUCACUCUCCGAUAUUAAUUAGAACACCUUUUCACUCACACUCACACACUCAACUCUCGCUAUUGACAGCCACAAUUGUAUUACAUUAAAUAAACUACAAAUAAUUACAAAACAAAACAA